AUGGCGAAGCAUACAGCGCUAUGUAUAUUCUUCUUUAUGGCGCUGAGCUUCGAAAUAAGCUUGGCAUCCCGGAACCUUUUACAUUUCGGGUUAUUGUUUGGUAGAGGCCAAGGCAGAGGCGGAGCUGGAGCUGGAGCUGGAGCCAAAGCGGGAGGCUCAGUUGGAGCAGGUAUCGGUGCGAAUGUUGGAGGUGGAGUUGGAGCUGGAGCCGGAGCUGGAGGAGCAGGGGGUGCAGGACUUGGAGGAGUAGGCGGCGCAGGUGCCGGUGGUGGAGGUUACGGUGCCGGCAGUGGUCAUGGGCAUUUUGGAUUUAGUGGGAACGCACAAGCACAUGCACAUGCACAUGCACAUGCACAUGCACAUGCACAUGGUGAUGCCGGCGGUCAUGGAUACGGAGGAGCACACGGUGGUGCAGGAGGAAGCGGAGUAGCAUCGGGCGGUGCAGGAGGAAGCGGGGGAGCAUCGGGCGGUGCAGGAGGAAGCGGGGGAGCAUCGGGCGGUGCAUGGGGAAGCGGGGGCGCAUCGGGCGGUGGAGGGGGAAGCGGGGGCGCGUCGGGCGGUGGAGGGGGAAGCGGGGGCGCGUCGGGCGGUGGAGGGGCCGGGGGAAGCGGGGGAGCAUCCGGCGGGGCCGGGGGUAGCGGAGGAGCAUCCGGUGGGGCCGGGGGUAAUGCAGGAGCAUCCGGCGGUGCCGGGGGUAACGCAGGAGCAUCCGGCGGUGCCGGGGGUAGUGCAGGAGCAUCAGGCGGUGCCGGGGGUAGCGCAGGAGCAUCAGGCGGUGCCGGGGGUAACGCAGGAGCAUCCGGGGUGCCGGGGGAAGCGCAGGAGCAUCCGGCGGUGCCGGGGGAAGCGCAGGAGCAUCCGGCGGUGCCGGGGGUAGCGCAGGAGCAUCCGGCGGUGCCGGGGGUAAUGCAGGAGCAUCCGGCGGUGCCGGGGGAAGCGCAGGAGCAUCCGGCGGUGCCGGAGGAAGCGCAGGAGCAUCCAGCGGUGCCGGUGGAAGCGGUGGUGCUUCUGGCGGUGCCGGUGGAAGCGGUGGUGCUUCCGGCGGUGCAGGAGGAAGCGGUGGUGCUUCCGGCGGUGUCGGAGGAAGCGGUGGUGCUUCCGGCGGUGCCGGUGGAAGCGGUGGUGCUUUCGGCGGUGCCAGUGGAAGCGGUGGUGCUUCCAGCGGUGCCAGUGGAAACGGUGGUGCUUCCAGCGGUGCAGGAGGAAGCGAUGGUGCUUCCGGCGGUGCCGGUGGAAGAGGUGGUUCAUCCAGUGGUGCAUCAGGCGGUGCCAGAGGAAGCGGUGGUUCAUCCAGUGGUGCAUCCGGCGGUGCCGGAGGAAGCGGUGGUGCAUCCGGCGGUGGCAGAGGAAGCGGAGGAGCAUCUGCCAGUGCAGGAGGAAGUGGAGGAGCAUCUUGCUGGGGUAAAAGGAGGAGCAUCCGCCAGUGCUGGGGUAAAAGGAGGAGCAUCCGCUGGGGUUAAAGGAGGAGCAUCCGGCGGUGCUGGGGUAAAAGGAGGAGCAUCCGGCGGUGCUGGGGUAAAAGGAGGAGCAUCCGACGGUGCUGGAGGAAGCGGAAAAUCAUCCGGUGAUGCAAAAGGAAGCGGAAAAUCAUCCGGCAGUGGAAAAUCAUCCAGUAGUUCAGGAGGAAGUGUAAAAUCAUCCAGCAGUUCAGGAGGAAGUGGAAAAUCAUCCAGCAGUUCAGGAGGAAGUGGAAAAUCAUCCAGCAGUUCAGGAGGAAGUGGAAAAUCAUCCAGCAGUUCAGGAGGAAGUGUAAAAUCAUCCAGCAGUUCAGGAGGAAGUGUAAAAUCAUCCAGCAGUUCAGGAGGAAGUGUAAAAUCAUCCAGCAGUUCAGGAGGAAGUGGAAAAUCAUCUGGCGGCUCAAGCGGAAGCGGAAAGUCAUCUGGCGGUGGAGAAGGAAGCGGAAAAUCAUCCGUAAGUGUAGGAGGACGCAAAAGAGGAUCCAGUAGUGGUAAUGCUAAUGCAAAAGGAGGAGGAUCCGGCAGUGGUAAUGUAGUUGCCGGAGGAGGAGCAUCCGGUGGCGGUCAUACCCAUAGUCAUGCUAAUGCUCAUGCUCAUGCUCAUGCUCAUGCCCAUGCACAUGCCCAUGCCCAUGCCCAUGCCCAUGCCCACGCUCAUGCUCAUGCCCAUGCCCAUGGUCAAGGUCAAGGAGGAGGAGGCGGAAAAGCAGGUGCAUCCGCUCAUGGUCAUGGAGGAGCAAGCGCAGGAGUAGGUGGAGGGGUAUCCGUAGGUGCUGGUGCCGGUGCUAGUGCAGGUGCCGGUGCAGGUGCCGGUGCUGGUGGCGGACUAAAAAGUGCAGGUUCAUGA